CUGGAAUGUUGCCUGAAGCUUCAACACAGAGAGAGAAAGAGAGAGCAAAGCAGCACUGUGCUUCUCUGGGUAAGAUGCAACACAUGGAAUAAGCGGAGAACACAACACUGGUCAGAACAGAAGCUGCAGAAUUUGUCGAUGAAGAAGUGGAGAUCAUUCUCCCAACUUGACCAGCUUGGAGGACACCUCGACCCAACUGGUCCCUUCAAUCUGUUGACAUGAGAAGAGAUCGGCUUCUGGUGGCCGUCACUUUGGUCACCCUUUUGGCAGCAGACAUCCAUUUCAUCCUGCUUCCCAGACUCAGAACCUGGUAUCAGCUGCCCAGAGAAAGCUGCUCGUGCACCGACAGCAGCCUGGAGAACGGAGCCGCUGCGACCGUCCCAUGGACCACGAGCCAGAAUAUGACCGAGCAAGGCUCUAAGCUGGAGUGGCUCUUUAGACACCCGCUCUACAACAUCCGUCUUCCAGAGCUGGGGCCCGAGGAGCGGCUGCUGCAAGAAGACGAGCUCAUGAACUACUGCAAGAGGAAAGUGAGCCGCUGGGAAAGACUGAAGAAGAUCUACAUCGAGGCGGCCGCAGCUUCAAACAUCACUAUACCCGAUCAUCCCGUGACCUUUGACCCCGAGGCCAGCUGGCUGCAGUUCCAUCUAGGGAUCAAUCGCUAUGAGCUGUAUUCAGGAGACGACAGCAGCAUCGACAGACUCCUGCGAGACAUGCAGACAGCCUCCGUCAUCAGCGCAGAUUUCACUCCGGAUGAGAAAGCGCUGAAGGGUGCAUGCGACUGCUCACAAGUGGUUAAACCCAGCGGUCUUCACCUGAAGUUGGCCCUGAAGCUCCAAGACUUUGGUAAAGCUAUGUUUAAACCAAUGAGACAGGAGCGACACGAAGAGACUCCGGAGAACUUCUUCUAUUUUGUCGACUUUCAGAGGCAUAAUGCUGAGAUAGCAGCUUUCCACCUCGACAGAGUGCUGGACUUCCGGAGAGUUCCACCGGUGACGGGACGCUUCAUCAACGUGACGGGAGAAAUUCUGUACCUAACACACAAUGAAGAACUGCGCAGUGUGUUCUUCACCUCUCCAGCCAACAACACAUGUUUCUUCGCCAAGUGUUUAUACGUGUGUAAGUCGGAGUAUGCGGUGUGUGGUCAUCCGGAUCUGCUGGAGGGCUCCAUGUCUGCUUAUCUGCCGGGUUUGAGCAUCGCCCCUCGAAUCUCCAUCCCGAACCCCUGGAUCCGCACCUACAGUUUCACCGGGACAGAGGAGUGGGAGGUCAACCCGUUAUACUGCGAUAACGUCAAAAAACUAUAUCCCUACAACUCUGGGAACAGACUGCUCAACAUUAUCGACAUGGUGAUAUUUGACUUUCUCACAGGAAACAUGGACAGACACCACUAUGAAGUUUUCACCAAGUUUGGAGAUGAUGGUUUCCUGCUCCACUUAGACAACGCCAGAGGAUUUGGCCGGCCUUCUCAUGAUGAGGUGUCCAUUCUUGCUCCAUUGACCCAGUGUUGCAUGAUCAAGCGCUCCACGCUGUUCAGACUGAAGCUUCUGGCGCAGUCCGAGUACCGUCUGAGCGACGUCAUGAGGGCAUCCCUCUCCAGAGACCCUCUCACGCCAGUCCUGACUGAGGACCACCUGCAGGCCUUGGACCGCCGGCUGGGCCAGGUGCUCAGGACGGUGGGAAAGUGUGUGAAGAAGCUGGGAGAACCACAAGUGGUGAUCACAGACUUUGCAGAGUCAUCCAGAGUAACUACAGGCAACAGACUGAAAUCCCGAGCCAGACAGAUGAUGCAGCAUCCGCAGGAAAGAUAAGAUCUUCAGAUCUCCUUACAUCAGCACACGCACCAUUCAUGUGGUGCUUUAACUGCACAGCGGGAAGCGUUUCCUCUGAUUAUCACUUCCCUUUCUGUCCAUUUUUCUACAAACAACCAUUAGUGGCGGCUGAGCUGAUGAUGCAGCACACAAACAUUUUCUAGACGGAUCGUAAGCGUGUAAUCCUCAGCCGUCUCAUCUGCUCGUACUUCACAGGCUGUCGAGUGGGAUCUUUGAAA